CAAAUUCAACUAUUUUGUGGCUGAUAAUGCUUUUUGUUUAGUUCUGUUUGCGUUCUUCCAUAAAUAAAUAAUAAUUAAUAAUCGGGACCGUUCCUGCUGCCGCUAUGGACGAUGAGGAGGGCCGGCUCGACGACACAUGUAGUUCGAAUGGAAGCUUAGAUAAGUGUGAUGUACCUUGGAGCGAUGACAAUAGCGAAAACCUUUGCCACAAACAAAACAACAUGACAGGCGAUAGCCACGACGAAAGAUCUAAAGAAAAUUAUUAUUUGUACUUAACUUCCGACGAAGACGAGUCGGUAGUGCGUGUAGAGAAACUUGAGGAAGGAAUCAAAGACAAAAUAAGCGGACAGUAUCAACUCAAACAAGCCGGAUGCGGAAUUAUCGCCAUCUUUUCGAACCAAUCCGAUUUCGAUAAAUUCCUGCAAUUCGAUUUCCUGAACCUGUUCGGCGUUCCCAUACAAAUAGCAAAUCUCUGUAACCGCGACAAGCAGUACCGUAACUUUGUAACAUUCAGGAACGUACCAUGGUGCAUCUCGAACAAAGAAUUAGCCGAAGCACUAAAAUUUCAGGGUAUACAGUUCGGCAGCGUUUGCAGGGCGAGAAACAACGUGCGAGUCGAGGUGCUCAACCUGUGCCAUUCGGAGAGACUCCUUAAAGAAGGACUAAACUUCUACAACGUAACAUCAUUUCCGGUCGUAGAAGAGGGCGUGCCCAACAACGACACCAAAGAGAUCACCCAGUGUUAUAAGUGCCAGGGCUUCUGGCACACAGCGAACUAUUGUAAGCACUCGUGCAGGUGCGUACGAUGCGGUGAGAACCAUGUAGUAGACAACUGUCCCAGACCGAAGAACAAUCCGAUUUGCUGCAACUGCGGCGGGCACCAUCACGCCGCUUACAAACUUUGUCCCAUCAAGUUACGGCUCGCGAAUUCCGUAAAGGUAGCAUUUAGUUUAGCUUGUAAACCGAAAACGCCAAAUUACAUUGGUUGAACUCAUGAAAUUAUUAAAGAUGUCACUGCGUUUUAUUAAUUAGCUAAA